AUGAACGCUGUGAGGGAAGUGUCAUCAGAUGUCCAGCUUCUCCUCAUUUCCGUGUUUCUCCGGCGUGGAAGCUUUGGUCUCACCAACCAAGUCUUAGCGCUUUUCCUCAAGGCCGUGGGCAUCUCAAAGUCCAAAAUAGGUCUCUUCAUGACUUUGACGCUUCUAGGAGACACCGCCAUCUCGUAUGUGCUCACGUGGUUUUCUGAUCAGAUUGGGCGUCGUUUGGUGAUGAUAGCAGGGGCAUUGUUGAUGCUUGGGUCUGGAAUUGUGUUCGCUAUGUUUCUGAACUUCUGGGUGCUUUUAGCAGCAGCAAUCUUUGGGGUGAUUCUGACGUCUGGUGAUGAAACGGGGCCGUUCAAGACGGUGGAGGAGGUGUGCAUUUCUCACUUGACGCCUCCAAAACAUAGGGCGUCUAUUUUUGCUCUUUACGGGUUUUUGGGCAGACUAGGUGCCGCCUCUGGUGCUCUCUUGUGUGGCUUCCUUGUAGACUACUGGAGUUACGGGCUUUCGUGGGACGUGGAGAAAUGCUACAGGUCGAUAUUUGUGGGUUACUCGUGCGUUGCCGUCGUGAAACUUGUCCUUGCUGCUUGUUUAACGAAGAACUGUGAAUUGCAUGAGUAUAUUGGGGGAAAUGCUGGCGCUGAAGUCACAGAAGGAGACGAGCAAUCACCAUUGCUUGAAGAAGAGGACGAAGAGCAGUCGCUGGCGUUGGCGAAGAAGUCUGGUUUCAAACCUCAAACUAGACGACUCCUACCAAGACUUCUUUUUGUGUUUAUGCUCGACUCCUUGGGAUACGGUUUCAUGCCACCGGCAUGGAUCGUGUUUUACUUCAAAAGAACCUUCCAUCCCGCAGCAUCUGCGCUUGGUACUUUGUUCUUUGCUACAAACAUGGUGGACUCGUUAUCUUCUAUUGCUUCUGCCUUCACGUUCAACUACUUAGGGCCCGUGAAGGCGAUAUUGGCAGCACAGCUCCCUUCAGCAGCGUUUUUCUUCAGCAUUGCCUUUUGCAAAUCAUAUCUCUUGGCCGCCACCUUUUACUUCUUGUUCUGUGCUACGGGCACCAUGGACGUUGUUCCACGCCAGGUUCUUCUUACAGCUAUUAUACCCAAAGAAGACCUCCUUAGGGUGAUGGGAACGGUGAACAUAGCUAAGACGUUUGCAAAUUGUAUUGGUCCCGUUUUCACCGGCAGAUUGGCCGAGCAUGGCUUACUCAGCUUAGGAUUCAUCAUCAACGGAGUUUGUUUGGUCGUUGCGGAUACAGUGUUGGGACUCAGUUUUGCACAUCUUGAUGCGGAUGUCCUAGCAAAGCACAAGUAA